AUGGAUUCCUUGAAGUACGUCAAAACCAAUUCUUCCCAAAAAAAUGCACAUCCCAAGAAUAAGGUGUUCACUCUUUUUUGCGUACUUGAUGGUGAACCACUUUCUGCCGUUAUUGACGUUUGGGCGCCCUCCCGCACCAGCGUUUCCCAACUCAAAAGCCUAAUAAGGACAACUGCGAAAAUAAAGUCAAGGUCUAUCGCAUGGGCUGAUGACCUUGACACCAUCGACGACAGCAAGAUGGAUCUUUGGAAAGUUAACAUGUCUUGCGGUGAAGAUGAUUUGCCUGUUCGGCUCACCGACAUUGUAUCAAAGAGCCCAAAUGUAAAUGACUUCAGUAAAAAAAAUGAAGAACCAAUUGAAAGACUUCUUUCAUCUAUGCAAGACCUUAGGAAGAAGCUUAAGGACCUUCAAAAGAGGUUUGACAAUUUUGAAUCUUUGGCCAAGCUUUUGGUGUCACCAGAAAUAAAUAGAAAAAGACCACUCGAGCAUGACAAUGAAAACGACAAUUCUGUCGCUCCUAAAAGUAAAAAGAGCCUGAAGUGCUCCAUUCUAGCCUUGAGAAAGUUUAUUUGUACUUUGGUAAUCUUGAAUAUGAGCAACAUUCGUACAGCUUGCAAAAAUGCUGCACCAGAUAACAUGAAUAACUAUUUUUCAUCCUAA